AUGAGUGUACUUAAGAAGACUGAUGAAAUUUGCAACAAAGUGUGGCCUGAAGAACGUUUGGUUGAAUUGUUUAGGAUCCUUCGGCAAUUAUGCUUUAAGUAUAUAAAAGCCACCCAUCUCCUGACAAAUCUUCCUUUUCUUAGACAACAUGCUAGCAAGAUCACAAAGGCAGAACGCAAAUCUUCUUCAGAAGCAGCAGAAUUGUUGUUUGAAUUAAUUACUAAUUGUGAUGAACCUGACAAGUGGCAAAAGCUUACAGUCUCUCUUAAGAAAGCAGAAUUCCUGAGUUUAUACAAAGUAUGUCAUUUUUGUGAAAAUGAUGAUUUUGACUUUUACAUGGAAAUUUUUGAUUUGCUAAGUGUGGAUUUUGCUGAAAAUGGUGUUGACAUCAAGAAACUGAGUGAGGCAAUGUUGAAUCUUGAGAGCCUUACUGAAAAACAAUUUCAACAAAUUAAGUGGAUUUUAGUUGAAGAAGGAGAAACUGCUGCUAUCCUAGAAUUUAUUUCUUGUCAGCCAUCGUCUCUGGAAAAAUGGGUCAAGGCUCUUGUAUCUUCCUUGUAUAGUAUCAACAAAAUUAAUCUUUGCAAGUUGAUCCAGAAAAAAGGUUCUGAAAUUCAUAUUUACCACGGCGUUGACUUGGAAGUUUUGGUCAGACUGUACAGGAAUAACAUUGUCGAGCGAGUAAGACCACAAGAUAUUAAAUUAUUUUUAGAAACAUAUGAUUUGAUUGCAGAUAUGAAUUUGAAAUAUACAUCUCCCAUAGAAGAAAUGCAAGAAAUAUUGUUAUAUAUUGAAAAUAGUAAAGUGCUUGGCAAAUGGAGAAGUUUUGUAAAUGCUCUCAAAGAAGCAGCAUGUUUUAAGAAGGAAAGUGAUAUUUGUGAAGAUGAAGCCAUGAAAGUCACCCUACCUGAUGCUUCAAAGAAAAUGGAACUAAAAAAAUCUAUUAAUCUAACAAUAAAUGAAGAACUCUUACAAGGAGCUUACUGUCGAAAAAACUGUAUUAUUUACAUUAGUACAAGAAGAGAUGUUGUAGCAUUGACCAUUAUCAAAAUGCAUUUGGAUGAUCAUAAGAAGAAUAAAGUUGUAUUUUUAGGAAGUUCCACAUCUGUGGAGCUGCAGAAAUACUUGCUUGACACAAAUCUGACAAAUUGCCAAAUUUUCAACUUUACAACUGAGAGCAGUAAUUCAUUAGAGCAUGAAUUGAUGCGGAACCAGGUUGUACUUUUGUCACCAUUAGCUUUAAAGAAUUCUGGUCUUGAGAAAUUAUUAUCUAAUUUUUCACUUCUGUUGAUUGAUGAAUGCCAUUUAACAAUUGAAGAUCAUCCUUACAACAAUGUGAUGAAAAUUUACAUUGACCACAAACUGAACGUCUCUUCAGUUUCUUUACCCCAGAUUAUUGGUCUCACAUCACUCAGUCAUGAAAACCCCCAAGAUAUUAGCCAAGCAAAUGAUCUAAUCAAAAUGAUUUGUGCAAAUUUGGAUUGUGAAGAAAUCUGUUCACUUCAAGAUGACACCAACUAUAUUGCUUGCUAUUCAAAAACAAUCCCGUUCAACCAAUCAGAUUACAAGAAUCCUUUCAAGGAAAAAAUGGAAGAAAUUAUGAGUGAAACUGAAAACCAUUUGAAGAGUUUUGAAGUUUCAACUGUGAUUAAAAAAGAAAACUCUAAACUACUUGAGACAAUAAAUGUCUGCAUUGAUAACCGUGAUGGAACUUCCUACACCAACUGGUUGGAUGACCUCAGUAAAGGUUUUGAUUUGUUGAAUGAUUAUAAGAUAAAUUUACAUUGCAAAUGCUGCCUGUGGUUUCUUAAUAUGUUACAUAAUUCUCUGGAAAUAAGUAUCUUUUGUGAAAUAAAAAAUGCCUUUGACUAUAUUGAACAUGAAUUGUUAUACUAUGUACCUGAAUCCGAAGUUUAUGAAACUCUUAAAUCCUACUGGGAAGAUAAAAAACAUGAUAUGAAAAUGUUGAGUGAGAAACCAAAAUAUUUUAACCAUCAACUGGAGUUACUAAAAAAUGCCAUAGAAGAAGAAAUAAAGAACAACCCAUGGAGCAAGAUUGUUGUUUUUGUAAAAACACCCAUUUUAGUCAGUGCUAUACUGAACUGGAUGUUAGAUGUUGAGGAUCUAAAGUCAUUGUUGCCAUAUAAUCUGAAAAAGCCAAUAGACAGUCGAUCAGAUGUCUAUAAAGAUAUGCUUGAGACUUUUGACAGGAGGGAAUGUCAACUGUGUGUCGCCAUUCCGAAAGACUGGAACAAGAUACAUCCAAAAUACAACUUACGACUGGAUUACUUUGAUAGUAACAAUGAAAUGUCACAGCUUCCAGACGAAGGAAUGUUCAAUGAUAAGACUGCACAGGUGAAAGAAGUCAGUUUACUGCAUGAAGCAAUGAAAAAAUGGAAAGAUUAUGCAAUGGAAGAUAAUGAAGAAUUCCAGCAUGAAAUCACAAAGUAUCAGAGAAAUGCCAAAUCAGGAAAAAGUUGGCACUGA